UGGACAGAAGAAAGUUCUAUUACGUGGGAUUUUUAAGUGUGCGUGACCAUCUUUUUGACGUAGACCAGGCGAACACCACCAGAAAAUGACAAGCCACCUAAAAGUUCGGAGAGUGCUUCACAUAUUGCUCAUGGCAGUGUUAUUAAAUGGGCAACAUAAUAACAACAAUGAAUGUCAUGUUUCUUCGGGGGAUUUUAAACAGAAGACAUCAUUUGAGGACGAGGCUGGCAAAAACAUUACUCUUCCAUGUCUUCCAACUUUCAAGAUCAAUGAGGUUGAGGUUUCGUUAGAGUGGUUUAAAGGCAAUGAAAAAAUUGUCAUCAUUAAGUUAAAAACUGUAAAUUUUGUGCAUGAAAAAUACAAGGACAGAAUAAACCAGUCUGCCCUCCUUGAAGAACUGUGGAAAGGAACAGCCUCACUAAACCUCCAUAAAGUAAAUCUAUCAGAUGCAGGAAACUACUGCUGCUGCAUUCACCAUAUGAAAUUAUCAUGCAUUGGCCUGACUCUUGGUGAGAGACAUGAUCAGACAAAUGCACCCAUGACCAAUCCAAUAAAUGGGACAAAUGGGCAUCCUGUUCAACCUUUUAUUUGGGUUAUUGUGGCUGGUCUCAUCAUCAUCAUCUUCAUCAUCUUCAUCAUUGUUGUAUGCUUUUGCUUCAAAGACCGGAUCAGGACCUCAACAGCUAUAGGCGAGAUCCUGGAGCGACUGGUCCUGGCUCAGCUUCGGCGCCUAAUAAGCUCAUCACUGGAACCACUUCAGUUUGUCUACCAACCUGGCAUUGGAGCAGAUGAUGCCGUCAUUCACCUCAUGCAUCAUUCCCUCUCCCACCCGGAGACCGCUGGGAGCACUGUGAGAAUGAUGUUCUUUGAUUUCUCCAGUGCCUUCAACACUGUUCUUCCCACGGUCCCUGAAGGACAAGCUGGAGAACUCAGGAGUGGACUAUAA